GCGCGGCGCUCACUGGGGGCCCGGCUUUCGCCCGCUGCUGCCGCCGCCGCCGCCGGCCGCGGCUGCUCUCCCAAGAUGGCGGCUCCUCCGGGCGAGUACUUCAGCGUCGGGAGCCAGGUGUCGUGCCGGACGUGCCAGGAGCAGCGGCUGCAGGGCGAGGUGGUAGCCUUCGACUACCAGUCCAAGAUGCUGGCUCUGAAAUGUCCCUCAUCCAGUGGAAAGCCCAACCACGCAGACAUCUUGCUCAUAAACUUACAAUAUGUUUCAGAAGUGGAAAUUAUUAAUGACCGAACAGAAACCCCUCCUCCCCUAGCUUCACUCAAUCUCAGUAAGCUUGCAAGCAAAGCACGGACAGAGAAGGAGGAGAAGCUGAGCCAGGCCUAUGCAAUCAGCGCUGGGGUCUCCCUAGAGGGCCAGCAGCUCUUCCAGACCAUUCACAAAACCAUUAAAGACUGUAAAUGGCAAGAAAAAAACAUCGUAGUCAUGGAAGAAGUUGUUAUUACACCCCCAUAUCAAGUGGAAAACUGUAAAGGCAAAGAGGGGAGUGCACUGAGCCAUGUACGCAAAAUAGUUGAAAAACAUUUUAGAGACGUGGAAAGCCAAAAGAUCCUGCAGCGUUCACAAGCCCAGCAACCACAGAAGGAGGCUGCCCUGUCAUCCUGAGUCCGCACACACGGAGACUCUUCCAGCGUCCAGCCACGGAGGCGGCGGUGGCGGCUUCGGCGGAGGCAGGCCGGGGGAGGGAAGGGAUCCUAUAUUUCUUGCUGGCUCUUGUUAACAGGGCCAGCAGUUCCAAAUCUUAGACUUGAACAAACAAAACACCCAACAAAAAAAAGAACAAGAGAAUAAUUUAAAAGUUGAAUCAUUACUUGACUAACAGACUUCGGUCCACCAUGUCCUUUUCACAGCCCCCUCCUGGAACAGUCACCUUGUUAAUUUUAUUUUUGAAAAUUCCUUUUCUGCUCCACCCUUUCUCCUCUGAGUUUCCUUUCCCAGCCUGUCCCCGGCAUUCUGUUUUUACACAAGUGUCUACACUUGCCUUCUGAGUGGUCGAAAGAUACUUUUACAUCUCUUCCAAAAUAAAAGUAACAAGCUGACUGUGACAUUAAA